CUUCUCUAUGACUCGCCCAGCCUACCAAUUUCCAAUUUCCAUGGGCCAUGGGGAGCGGCAUCCGCAACGCCCGACCCUCCUCCUUGCUCGCCGCCGUGGCCGCCGCCGCCGCCAAGCCGGCCAGCUUCCCCAGCAUACACGCCGUCCUCCUGACCUCUGGCCAGCUCUCCUCCCACACCUCCGUUAACUCUCUCCUUCGCGCCGCCCCCUCCCCCUCCGCCUGCGCGCUUCUCCUCCGCCUCUUGCUCCUCCGCCUCCGGCCCGACCACAUCUCCCUCUCCUUCUCCCUCCACUCCUGCACCCGCGUCCCCAGCCACCCGAUCACCAGCCUCCUCCAUUCCCUCGCCGUUAGGCUCGGCCACUCUCGCGACGUUUAUGUCGUCAAUGCCGCCGUCUCCUCCUACUUCACCGCCUCUGAUGUCGCCUCCGCCGACCGGCUCUUUGCUGAGAUCUCCAACGAUGUCGCCGACGUUGUCACGUGGACCACCAUGGUCACCGGGCACGCCAGCGCCGGCAGUCUGGAGCGAGCGAGGAGUUUCUUCGACGCAAUGCCCGAGAGGAACGUUGUUUCUUGGAACGCGAUGCUGGGCGCGUACGCUCGCGCCGGGAUGCUGUCCGAGGCACGGAAGCUGUUCGAUGCAAUGCCCGACAGGAACGCCGCCUCGUGGAGCUCUAUGAUCAAUGGGCUCUUGCACUCCGGGUACUGCGAGGAGGCGCUGAGGGUGUUCAGUGAUAUGGUCAGUAGCGGUGUCGUGCCGAACGAGGCCGCUAUGGUGAGCGCCAUCUCUGCAUGCGCGCAGCUGCGGUCGGUGGAGCAUGGUGCGUGGGUGCACGCGUAUGUCGAGCGGGAGCUGCAUGGGGCCAUGAGCAUCAACCUUGCCACCGCGAUCAUAGACAUGUAUGGAAAAUGUGGGAGCAUCUGCAAUGCUGUCAGGGUGUUCGCUACAAUGCCCGUGAGAAACAUAUACUCCUGGAACUCAAUGAUUGCUGGGCUUGCAAUGAAUGGUGGCGAGAGACAGGCCUUGUCGCUCUUAUGGAAGAUGCAGAUGGCUGGUGUUCGACCGAACCACAUAACUUUUAUUGGAUUGCUGAGUGCUUGCAGCCACUCGGGCCUCGUCAAUGAGGGCCGCAGGUUGUUUGACAGUAUGAUUGAGGACUUUGGAAUACAACCAGUCCCAGAGCAUUAUGGUCUUAUGGUCGAUUUGCUUGGCCGGUCUGGUCGUGUUAGGGAGGCAGUAUAUUUUGUCAAGAGCAUGCCUGUGGAACCUCACCCUGGCUUAUGGGGUGCGCUAGCUAGUGCCUGCAAGAUGCAUGGAGAGGUGGAACUUGGCGAGGAGGUUGCCAAGAAACUCAUUGAACUGGAGCCUCGGCAUGGCAGCCGAUACAUUCUCCUGUCAAACUUAUACGGCUCUGCAAAUAGAUGGGAUGAUAUGGCCACUGUACGCAAGCUCCUCAAACACCGAAAGGUCCCCAAGGGCACUGGCAACGCUGUGGUUGGAAAUGACAUCCAGCACAUGGAAUGAUUGAAUCCGCUCUUGAUAAGCAUUUAGGACUGCUUCAUCCUGAUAAGGGCAUUGAGGCUUUGCACUGGUUGGGCCAAGGAAUAAAAUGAAUUCCACGAGCCUAGUAGAUAUCGGCACUAAAACAGAACUCAUGAAGGAGAAAAAAAAAUUAUUGAUAUGUCAACGUAUGUCUUAAAUCGAGUAAUUGCACAAAGAGGGAGUGCAGCUGCAAAAUCCUGGCAAGAAUUGUAGGUCGGUGCUUGAAAAACGACCUCAUGGGGCAGAAACUCAAGGAUUGUUAGGAUUAAAGUAACAAUUUUGUAGUACAAGCAGUUCACUGUUCGGGAUUCAGGUUCAUGGAAAUAUUCUUCCACUAGUUACUGAACCUCGUUUUUUGUUGCAUACUGAGAUUAAAGUGCCAUUCAAAGCAUACCCAGUCAAAAGGUGUUUUUGUCAGAUACAUAAAUUCACUUGUAUUAUAUCCUUAAGAAGAAUUUGCACUUGCACUACACUUGUCUUUUAACUUCCCGAGUUAGAAGCUAAUGUUUUUUUUGUGUGUGCAUGAGCUUUUAGCUUGUAUUGCAUCAGGUGUUUAGUAUAUAUACUAUACUAUGUGUAGCA